AUGGCGUCGCCCCCCCCUCCUCCUGGCAGCUUCAGCUCCCAGCUCUUUGCGCAAGCGGAGGCCUUGUCUGAAAACACGGGGGUCAUCGUCAUGCUUAUUGUCAGCUUGGAGCUGGUUCUCUUUCUCUUAACCAGCUUUACUGAUUUCCAUAAGAUUGGCUCCGAAUUCACCAUAGGAUCCAUUCUCACGGCCAUCCUCCCACUGCAGACCGCGUUGGUGGGAUAUGCCAACAGCUAUGCCGCCAAUCAGCGGCAAGCCUUGAUGGCCAUAUCGGCGGUGUCAAUCCUGUGCCUGAGCCACCAGAGCAAUUGGUUCGUCAACGUGUUCUCGUGGAAGAGCUUUGCAAACGUUAUGGCCUCCUCUGCAUCAAUCCUUGUCAGCGCUUCAGCCGUCCUAUUCACCACGGGGUUUAAUGGGCAUUACAGGAGGGUCCCCGUCUACGCCUUCGUGAUUGUCAUUUCUGUAGUGGAAGGGAUGUCGGCGUUUUGGGUUGCUGUAGACAUCUUGACAGCCGGGAGAUCCGAGCGGCUCAACCCUUUGGACAGCAAUGUAGAUGGGGUCGCGGAGACGGUCAAGAACCUCAUCGAACACUUGCAGCAGAUUGUGCUCUCAGGUGGUGCACCAAAAGAGGGCGCAACCCCCACCAAAGCGAGCAAGGAUUUGAGUGACAACCUGGCCUGCUUGUUGAUGCGUAACCGGGAUUUUUUCCGGGUACUGGAUCCGGUACGGGGCAUGACCCCUAUCGUUGCCAUACUUUCGGGCUUCGUGCUCCUAAGCCUGAUGGCUGUUGCGGCCGCUGAUACACAUGGCUUUGAGCGGAUUGUUCUCUCGUUUUGCACGGUUGCGGUCUUCUUGCGCGUCUGCGUCGUAUUUUACCUCUGGCUUCCCGCUGAUAAGGCGCUUCCAGAGGUUUGUCAGGGGCUGUAUGGAAUUGAAUUCGUCGAUUCCGACCGCAGCCCUCUGCACUACUUCCGCAUCUGCCUCUCAGCUUCUGCGGGCCGGGCUACAGAUAAACUGCCUGUGCUUUUGAGGGCUUGGUAUGAUGCACACAGGAACAAUAAGAGUGACAUUGUUCGCGAAGCGUUGGCUCUCGCUCCUGAUAUAAUCAAAAUGGAAUUAGCAACGUGGAUCCCGAGCAAAUCCCUACUAGGCUUAGCCAAGGAAGCUGUUGCUAAGGGGUUUGGACCAGAUAGGAAGCUGCGUUGGUCUAAGUUUGAGCUCAACCUGUUCCUUGUCUGGUACGCAUCCCUCUUCGAGCUUGUGACGGUUGGGGAUGAAGGCAAGCCAUUCGGGAACGCAAGCAAGGGGGAAGAAGCCGUGUAGGCCAACCUUAGUAUACCUGCUAGUAGAAAGUCAUUGCAUAUGUUGGGGAAAAACCGCAAAACUACCAGAUGACAGUGCCAGUUCAAUCAGUGAACAUGACUCAUGCAAUGAACG